AUGACUUUUGAAUGGUUGGAGCUCACUCAUACAUGCCACAUAGAUCCCAUAGAUCCCAUAGAUCCCAAGUUCUGGGGGUCCUGGAAACUGUUUUGUCAGCAAGAAAUCAAGGAGAUCCAUGACGAAGAGCGAUACCUCAUUGACCAGCUUGAAAAUCUCGUUAUUCAAUUUGAAACGAAGUUCACCGAACUUGGGCUCCCACUCAGAGCUUUUCUGGAAGAUCACUGGUUACCAGCUAUGAAGGAAAUCGUAGACGGAAGUGAGGAAAGGAACGCAGAAGAGGAGCAGAAGAUGAGAGAGUUAGGUAUUGUGGUUGACGAGCGGGACAUAGCUCAGGAGAUGGAAAGUGACGAGGAGGACUGGGGAAAUGGAGAGUCUUACUCUGAAGAAGAAACGGAUACAGAACAGUUUCAUGAUUGUGAGGAUACUUUGGAAGAGGGCUGA